AUGUUUUUAGAAUCAAAGAUUAUCAUGUUUGGUUACACUUUAGAUGGUGAUAGUCGUCAAACAUCUUUGGACUUUUUUUCCUAUAAGAAGCUUUGUGAUAUCGUAUACAAUGACAAAUUAUUGGAAAUGAUUGAAUAUUAUAACAACAAAAGAAAUACCAUAAGUCACACUUCUAAAAUACUUAAUAUCAAUAACAGCACUAUUGUAUUGCCAGAUAUACUGUUGGAUAAGAUUGUUACCUAUGCUAUACCAUUCGAUAGAGACUUUAGCGGGGGAGCAUUUUCGAUUAGAAUGAAAAUGUUUGCAAAGCAUUCUCACCAUCUCAUAGAUGCAGUAAAUCUAUUAAACUAUGCUUUGGUUUCAAAGAAACUAUUUCAAUAUGUCUCAAAGUUUAUAAAGAGCAACAGUCAUUUCUCUUGGAAUGGGUAUCUGAAUUUCAACAGUGAAUUCAGUUUAGUUAGAUCAGAACCGUCUUUUUUCAACUAUGAAUCGAUCAAAUACAUUCCAUACGAUCAUGGUGUUGAUUAUGCCAAUCGAUUGAUGUCAAGAGUUGAUACUUUCGCAAUAGUAUCCGAUGAAAUUGAUUAUAGUGUCAAGGGCAUGGUGUCAAGAGAUUCAAUGUUUGACGAUAAAGAUCUAUACGAUUAUGAAACGUUUGAAGAAGAAUACAGAGAUGCCAUCAUCUCCCAAGGUUAUUUGGUUUAUCCACCGGCAAUGCCAAAUCUUAAAGAUAUCUUUGUUCUGAAUUACUAUGGAUACUCUUCCAACUACAGUGAUUUAUUAUCAAACAUCUUCUCGCAGACACCUAAUGGCGAUGGUCAUGGAAUAGAACGAUUCUACAUUAAGAUCGUUAAAGAUUGGAAAUCAUCACCGAGAUUUUCUAAUUUGGGUUUCCUCGGACCACUCUUGAAGUUCCAUUCAAAGACAUUGAAAUCAAUUCGCAUUCGCUAUCGAGAUAUGAAAGCUUUUGACGUAGGGGAAAUACUAAAGGUUUUUAUUCAAAUUCAUCCAUUUUUGGUGGAAAACAAUAGAAUCGAUUUUAAAUUAAUCACCAACACUCAAAUCAGUGAAACAUUACCUUCAAACAAUAUCUUUGCAAAUUAUUUAAUCAGUUAUUUGGAAGUGAAAAAUAAAUAA